GUGUAGAUUUGUGCUGCACUCCUGCCCACUACCCAGUGCUCUUGGCUGACAGUGCCCCUGUGCCACCCGACACUCGCGUUCAAUUUAAUCAGUAGUAUUUAGUACUCUGUAAGUUCCGUCCUUACGGUCGUUUAACCCGUUUUCAAUUUUAUUUUUCCUGUUGUUUGUUAAAAAAACUUCAUACGAACCGACUUCAAACGGUCUUUCAAGGCUAAUAUUUCAAUCGAAGGACAGUAUCUAAUCUUAAAAGUGAUGGAUAACUUUGGUGACAAUUUCGAUGACAGCGAUGUCGAUCCAGCCGCAGAGUUUUUAGCUCGCGAACAGACUCAAUUGGCUGGUUUAGAAGACGAUCUCAACACACCCAAUGUACCGAUCGGCGUCACCCAAACAUUAUCAAACGGUUCAGGAAGCAGUUUUGAAAUAAUUGAUAGUGCAGACAACCAGUUAACUAACUCUGUGAAUGAAAAUGGAUUAACAAAUGGUUUUACUGCUACAAAUAGUGAUGAUGAUACAUCAUCACCGAUUAUUGCUCCAAAAAUUGAAAGAGAAGAACCAGAAAAAAUUAAGAAAUGGCGAGAAGAACAAAAAACUCGAUUAGAAGAAAAAGAUGCUGAUGAAGAAAAAAAGAAAGAAGAAUUACGAUUGGUCGCUAAAAAUGAAUUGGAAGAAUGGUACAAGAUUCACAAGGAACAAAUCGCAAAAACUAAAGAUGUUAAUAGAGAAUCUGCAAUAAAUGCAGAGAAACAAUUUGUUGCUGAAUCGGAUGAAAUUGAGCCAGGCACUGAAUGGGACCGCAUCUCAAAACUGUGUGAUUUUAACCCAAAAUCCAGUCGUGCUAGUAAAGAUGUAACACGUAUGAGAUCUAUCAUUCUUCAACUUAAACAGACUCCGUUGAAAAAAUCUGUUUCACCCGCAAAAUAAUUUGUAAUUAUAAUUUCCUUUCUGUCAUUCCUAUACAGUAAAAUAUUUAUUCUAUUGAGUUUUUUUAUUUUAUAACAUUGCUACAUAGUAAAUAUAAUAUUAAAUUC